CAGAAUGCCGCGCGCGCGGCGGAAGCCGGGCGCGCCUGCGAGCUGAGCGGCCGGCUCCCAGCUCGGCGCAAGAUGGCGGCGGGCGCCUCGGACCCCCUGGAAGAGAUGCUGCUUUUCUCCGAAGAGGUGGAUGAGAAGGCGGUCAGCGACCUGGUGGGCUCCCUGGAAUCACAGCUGGCCGGCGGGAGGGGCUCCGCCGAGGGCCCCCCCCCUAACAGCAGCCCCCCAUCCCACCAGCAGCAAGAGCACCAGGGGAGCCUGGUGGAGGGCGGCAGCCCAGUCCAGCAACAGCAGCAAGGGCAUCCUGCUCCUCCUCAUUUCCCCGGGGCAGGGGAGACCGCCAGGUGUCCAAGUGCCGUGGGCAGCCCACCCCCAGCCCAGGGGGCACCCCCAGCCUUGUCCCCCUCAGCAGCGGCGGCGGCCGGGAGGGGAGCGAGUGUAAACAGUAGUAGCAUGCAGCAAUCACAUGGAGCAGCUCCUUGCAGCAGCAACCCGAGUGCACCUGCUGCCCCUGUCCCACUGCAAUCCGCUGCCCCACCUCCGCCUGUCGGCGCCCCAGCCCAGCCUGUCAGCAACCACGUGGAUGCCAAUGCCGCUGCUCCCGCUGUUGGCAGUGGUGCCCGGGAAGUGGAGAGUCCCAGACAUGGGUGUAGUCCUCCUGCAGCAGCCGCUGGUGCGGUGAACAGUGUGUUGCUGCUUAACUCCGAGGCCGCCACUGCUGGAGGGUCGCCUGAGGCUGCCGGGGCUGUCACUCCAGUAGCAGCAGCCGCAGCAAGUCGGGAACUUGCAAAGGCGGUAAUGCUGAGUAGUACAGCUGCUGCUCCUCCUCCUGCUCUCUCUCUUCUCCAGAGACCUGCACUGCAUUCUGUUCCUCCCGCGGCACACAGUGGGAAUGGCACUUCCUCCAGCGCUCCUGUGGUUGUCACUCAGAGUCUAAAGGCUGGUUGUGCCCCAGCAGCAAUAACACAAGUUGUCAACCAUCAGAAUCCGGCUGUCAGCCACAGCAAACCAGACUCCUCCACAGCACAGACUAAACUCCUCACACACAAUCCUGCAGUAAAUGCACUCAGUAACUCUACUAGUUCUGUUCCUACAAUGAACCUUGUCACCCAUCCAGCCCAAAGUUCAGUAGCCAACUGUGCCCCUGUAGUGUCCAGCCCGAUCACCCUCACUGCUAUAUCUAAACCCACAGUUAAUAUUAUAGGGCCACCUGGCUCUGCUGUUGGUGUAGCCAAAUCAGCCACUGCUGUACCUGUCGUCUCUGCAGUCCCCCAGUCGCUGUCACCCAGGCCUGCAGUGGGCACUGCUCAGAGAAUAGUUGCACCACAAUUGAUUGUUAGACCGCCUCAGCAGACUACAAUCCAGUUGCCUCCAGGUUUUACUAUACCACCUGGUAUGGUCUUGGUGCGCACAGAAGCUGGACAGCUUGUAAUGGUACCUCAGCAGGUUUUAGCCCAGGCUCAAGUGCAAGCUCAAGUACAAACACAGGGGCAAGGUCCUGCCAGCAUCUCACCCAGGCUUUCAGUGCCCACAAGUGGUCCAGUUUUUCGUUUAACAACAACCCAGCAACCAACUUCUGUAGCCGCAUCUGCUGUCCACCUGGGACUUCCAAGGCAAGCCAAAGUUGUACAGUCAACUGCUACACCAGUUAGUGCUACAUCUACUGCAACCUUACAUGGAGGCUCCACUCUGUCGCACACUACAGUAUCAAUAGCUACCACAAGUGCUCAGAACUUAAUUAAAGCAACAGUAGCAACUGGAACCCCAGCAACUCAACAACCUACAGUAAUUUUUGGAGGACAAACUCAAACCCCAGUACAACCCCAAGGUCAGCCUCGAUUGCCACUUCCACCUCAUACGACAGCACAAGUACCAGCACAGCCCCAGGUCAUACCUAGCUCUCCUGUACCAGGGACUACCGUUGUAUCACAGGAAAUGCAAGAGAAUGUGAAGAAAUGCAAAAACUUUUUAGCUACCCUGAUAAAACUUGCUUCCCAUAAUUCACCUUCUCCAGAAACAUCCCAUAAUGUGAAAGCUCUGGUUCAGGAUUUGCUGGAUGCAAAGAUUGAUCCAGAAGAAUUUACAGGCUGCCUUCAGUCAGAGCUGAAAUCAUCUCCUCAGCCAUAUCUAGUACCUUUCCUGAAGAAAAGUCUGCCGGCAUUGAGACAAUCUUUAUUGAAUAGCCAACAUUCGGUUUUGCAAGGACAGCCAUCUCAGCAGCUGCUUCAACAAACCAAGCUGUCACAAGUUAUACCUCAACCUGCCUCUGGAAGUAUUUCCUCUAAUGUCACAACUCAGACAGUAGGAAUAAGGCAACCAAACAGCAUUUGCACAUUUGUAUCAAAUACAGUUCAGCCUCCUCAGGUUAAACUAGUACAGUCAAAUCCGAGUUCUCAACUGAUCAUCCAGUCAACAUCUGCUCAAACUGCGAAACGAAACCCUGCUUGCCAGACUACCCAGAUUAGGAUGCCAGUGGUAAUAACUCAGACCAUUAGACCACAAGGCACAGUAGGGAAGGCACCAACAAUACAAGCCAGCCAAAGUCCUGGGGGCUUUGGUGUUCAGGUCUCUGCAAAUCAGAAAAACAAGUUGAAUGACCCUGGAGGUGGAUCUUUCAGAGAUGACGAUGACAUCAAUGAUGUUGCCUCUAUGGCUGGAGUUAACCUUAAUGAAGAAAGUGCCCGAAUUAUGGCAACCAACUCCGACUUGGUUGGAACCCAGAUACAGUCUUGUAAAGAUGAACCCUUUCUUGCUGCUAUCCCUUUACAUAAACGAAUACUAGAAAUGGCUAAAAAAUUAGGAAUUACAGAUGUGCCCACUGAGGUGGUUACCUUUAUUUCCCAUGCAACACAAAACCGAUUGAGAACAGUGAUAGAAAAAGUAACAAUGGUAACACAGCACCGAAUGGAAUCGCACAAAGACGAUGAAUGGUAUGAACAGGCUACAGAUGUUCGAUCACAGCUGAAGUUUUUUGAACAGUUGGAGCAUUUAGAAAAGCAAAGGAAAGAUGAACAAGAGAGGGAAAUUUUGUUAAAGGCAGCCAAGAGUCGCUCAAGGCAAGAAGACCCAGAGCAAGCUAGGCUGAAACAAAAAGCAAAGGAGAUGCAGCAACAAGAACUAGCACAGAUGAGGCAAAGGGAUGCCAACCUAACUGCAUUGGCAGCUAUUGGUCCACGGAAGAAACGGAAGCUUGAUUCAGCUGGCUUACUUACCAUAGGAGGAGAGGUUUUGGGCAUGACCAGUGGAAGUCAGGCUGGUUUUGGGGCUCCUUCAUCCAGACAGUAUGCACGACAGAAAAUAACUCGAGUAAACCUCAGGGACUUCAUCUUUUACAUGGAACAGGAAAGAGAAACUAGCCAUUCUCUCCUGCUCUACAGAGCUUUGCUUAAAUAAAGCCAAGAAUUGUACUGGUUUUCUCAUAGAGAAGCUCAACCUGCAUUGAAAAUCUGUAAUUUGAAUGUGCCUUCUAUUUUUUUUUCAGAUGUCAGUGUUCCAGUAGUUUGUUUUUGCAAAGUUGUCAGACACAUGCAAUAAAUCCCCCUUACAUAAAAAGAAAGAAAGAAAGAAAUGAAAAUGUGCAAAAGGUUUUUAAAGAGGUUAAAUCCAUGGAUACAAUGUAUGCUUAAAGUUUUAUGGCGUUUGGCCAUUUUUAGAUGAGGAUAACCUGAGUAGAUGAGAGGGAGUUUACACAAAUUCAGAGCCGGAUUGCAAAUGCUUACACCAGUCGUCCCAUUGAUGACACUGGGCAACUUGCAAGAAGGGUUUGUAGGAUUGGGCCCCAAGGAUGGUAUUUGUUUUAUUAGCAGUAUGUUCAAUUACAGUGCUACCUUUUCUCUGUUUCCUUAACUUUUACUAGCACUAUUUUCAUUGACUAACCACAGUGAUGCCUAUUAUCAUUUUAGAUUAGUUAUAACUGCAAUUUUUUGCACAGCUGAAAGAGUAGCCAUCCUACAGUCCCACAAAUUUUAUAUAUUUAUGAUUUUUGCUUUUACUACUCAUUUGCUGAGCCAAUUCCUAAGUGUAUGAAAUCUGUGCAUUCAGGUCCCAGCAGAGUUACCUUGAAUAGCUUCCAGUUGUUUUCUAAAUCUGCUCAACCUUUUGCACAUUUGUAGCAGCUGGUUAGUAACAUGAAUCUGAGUUGGUUUUUUAUUUUAAAAAAUCUUUAUUUAUUGUGAAGAGUAUGGUCUAAUUGUGGUUUUAAAAAUGAGAGAGUAAAGAUUUUAGAGUAUUCUACACCGAUUUUUAAAGUCAUGGUCAAAAACGGUUGUGUUAUAGAGGGGCCAGUCCUGCUCUCAUUGGGGUCAGUGGGAGCAGUAUUAAGUCCUCAGGGUCCAAUCCUGCAAGGUCAUCAGUGUCAUCACAGAAGUCACUGGGAGUUGACCUUGCCUUGCAUGAUCAGACCUUGAGACCCCGAUCCAGAAAAUCACUUAAACAUGUGAAACUUUCAGCAUGUGAUAGGUGUAAGUAUACACACGUGCUUAAAUGCUUUGCUGGACUAGAGCAUAAGUUACCAAAGCCAAGGCGUGUCUUCUUAAUAGGCUUUGGAUAUGGCAUUCAGUAAGCAGGUGGACACCAGACACCACAGUAUUUUCAGUAACUACUGAAGGGAGGCAUUUGUUUAUUUAUAUUUUCAAAUUUUACCACGUUUAUACUUGCCACUUUUUUGAGGCAGUAUUUUUUUUUGGAUGGGAAACAAUACUGAAAGCACAAAUAGAACUAUCUGUCCAAUAGUUUUAAAAACAAAAAUUUUAAUUAUAUUUUAAGAUUUGUUAAAAGCAGAACAAAAUUUAUACUGCUGCUAUUUAGCCAAAAGAUUAUUCAUAACGUAUUUAAGGCCAGGAAGUGUAAAAUUAUGUUUUAAAUGUACUGAUAAUGUGUACAUAUUGUUUAUAAAGAUCUUGUGUUUAUUAGAAUUAUGUUAUUUUGAUUAUUUCUGUACAUACUCGUAAAUACCCCAAUUUGUGUGAAAACAUACUUCCUUAUUUGUACUUAUUUUGUAAAGAAAUAAAACAAUUUACUAAAGUAACACAUUUGAGUGACAUACAGUAUUAAUUUAUCAAACAUUAAUUUCAGUUUCACAUUGUCUUGUAGUUUUUAAGCACUGUUCAAAAACAUUUUGCAUUAAAAUAUUAACAAUACCCACAAAGAAAUACUAAAACUGAGUAUUUAAUGUUCUGUUGUGCUGAUUCUUAUUCUUUGUCAAACAUCUAAUAAAACUGUCAACAAACCUUGAUGCUAUUAAAUACAGUCAGUGAAUGCACACAACAUUUGCUUUCUUAAAGAUUUGCCCAAUAAGCACAACAUAACAUUUUCCUUUCACUUUUCUGUCAGACUUGGGAGCACAGUGGCACA